UUAAUUUGAUAAUCAUAAUUGUUUGAUGAAAUGAAUAGAAAGUUUUAAAUUUUAUAAAAAUUAAAGCUUGAAAUUCGCGUGGAAGAAAAUAUUUUGAAAAAUGGCGGAUUCGUGGUGCGCAUGCACAACCGGUUCGAUGAACGACGUGACCAUAGUCGACAGUCUCGUGCUGUGCGUGAAUUUAGUCACACGCGCACCGUCAAGGAAUAAACAUGGCGUUGUGGAAAAUGAAGUGUGUUUAGUGUUGAGUGCUUAUAAUUCCUUUAUGUAACAAUAUUUUUCAUUGCAAUCGCCUCAUAAUAUUCCCAAAAAUGAUACUGGGUUACGAUUGAAAUCUCAUCAAAAAUCUCACGCUGAAGUCAUGUCGAAGAAAAACAGAAAGAGAAAAUCUGAGGAUGAGAAUCAAUCGCCGAUUGACUGGGAGGAGGAGAAUAUUUUUUCUGAGGAAAUAAAAAAUGAAAUGAAAUCUAUGUGGGAGAUUCCACAGAUAUUUCAGUUCCUUCAUUUGGCUAAAGAAGCUUUGAAUAUACCUCAUUUAUCCAUGUACGAAAUGGAGCGUAUGCUUUUAAUUCCAAGAGCUUCGAAACAGCUGGCAAAUAUCAUGACGUCCUUACUAAGUUCUCCAGUGACAAAAGCGAAAUUAAGAAAAAUACCACCCAUGCCAUACGAAUUUUGGACAAAUAUUUUAGCUUACAAAAUGAAAAGCUGGUUCAAAGUGUACGAAGCGAAACACCAGGAUGCAGUCAAAAUUCUAGAAACCAUCGGGGUUGAACCAGAAUUCUGGAAUGUUUUUCCGGAUGCUCCUUUGCUGAAUGGCAAGGAUUUCGAGGAGUUGACCUUUAAACAGAAGGUGUGGCUUCUGAAAACAGUCUGUGAUACAGUUAUGCACUCUAGGAAAACUGUGCAAGAAGAAAUAGCCAAACAACCAUGGGAGAACCAGUUUGAAACAGUCCUAGGAACUGAUCGUUACGGGGCAAGAUAUAUUUAUUUUCCAGAAUUUCUAAAAAACGAUCUACGGAUAUACAGACAUUCUCUUGAUAAUAAAAUUUAUUCGACAGUAAAGCCUAUCAAGUCAAAGCUGCAUACAAAUGGAGAAAACAAAGUAUCGGAUCAAAAUGAUUUAAAGAAACAAGGUAAACGGAGAAAAAGAAGGGCAAGAUGGAGUAACGGUUUACCUCCAAAAUUAAGAAGAAAGGGAAACCGGUGUGAUGAUAAACAUACGAAUGAUUGCAAAUGCAACAGUGACAGUGCAACGAGCUCUUUAAUGAAUGAAGAUAUAGAUAUGAUUAGUAUAAGCACAUGUAGCAGUAGUAAUAAUAAUAAUAAUAAUGAUAUUAAUCCAAACACUAUCAAUGUAAAAAGAUCAAGAAGUUCAUCGAAAUGUUCGGAAAUGAGUACGGAAUCGGAUAAAACUUGUUGCACGAAAUCGAGCGGCUACGAUACGAAUCGUUCGGUCGACAAUCUUCAUGAAAAUAAAUCGCCUGAAAGACCGUUUAAAGGUUUCCCGAAUAGCAGUGAUAUUACUGAUAAAAAUUCUAAUGUAGAAAUAAUUGAUGGGAUUAUGAAUAGUUUAAAGUCCGAACUGAGCGAGCAGAAAAAUACUGAAGAAUCUGAUAUUAGUUUAACGCACACCUCUGAAGACAAACACGAAUUAACAUCGACGAAAGAGCAGUAUUUAGAUACACUCAAUUUACACGUAAGCAAAAGUGUAGCUAACGAUGAAACCAUUGAUAAUUUAUCCAAUAUCUCGAAAACAGACGACGAAAAGUUGAACGAAAUUAUCAGUGCUGAAAGUUUGAAGUUAAACGAGAGUAGUGAUAUUAAUGUUGUUAAUGAAACGCGUCAGGUGUCGACGUCGAAAUCUGACGAUGAAAAAUUAAAUGAAACAAGAAUUAAUUACGAUACAGUUAAAAACGAUGCUAAUCUUCCUGAAGAAAAGGAAGAAAAUGAGAUACCGAGGAGAGCAAAUGGACAAUUUUCAAAAAGGCAGAAAUUAAAUGAUUUAAUAAUUAACGAUAAGGAAAUGGGAAAUUCUAAACGAACGAAUAAAAGUAAUAAUGAAGUAGAAUCUAACGAUGAUAAAGAUCUUUCUUUAAGCGAAUUAAGAUGCCUGUUGCAAAAGGAAGCAAUGGACGACGGGUAUUAUCUUGAUGCAGAAUGCAGGGUUGAUUAUAAUAGUAGAAAGAACGGAAAGCCAGAUGUGUGGAAACAAGAAACGGAAGAUUUUAACCACAUGCUUUUAGAACUUGGCUCUUCGAAAUUUGAGCUCGUAGCUGACAGUGUCAGUUCAUUAAGAGAUCUCCUUUCAACCUUUUCUCAGAAGAGUGAUAAUCCAGUUACCGACGCCUCUACUGAACAGGAAUCUAUUCCUCCCUGUGAAGUACAGUUAAUCAAAGAAUUGACAGAAUUACUAACCACCGUAGAAAAAAUGGAAUCAUCUUUACGCGAGUCAACGAGAAGAGCCAGAGGGAAACUUCAAAAGGAAUGGACCAAUUUUAAAGAAGGCAGUGCGGAGGAUCAGGACUCAUCUGGGGAGGGUGUCAACUCUAAUUGGUGGAUUCUUGGAUCACAGAGCUGUCCAAUUUCCGGAGAGUCAACGUUACAAACGUUACCGCAGUUUACUGUAUCCACAACUGGCUCUCAAAACCGAAACGAAGAUCGUCAAGAGGAUCGGCGCGUCAACACCGUCGAGUACGAUACAAAUAUCAGUGAAAAAUGUAAGAAACCUGAGAGUAAGACCGUGCAAGAUGAAACGCAAGGAAGUCAGUCGGAAGGAAGCGAAGGCAACGCCCAGGAGAACUCAACAGAAAUCAAGAAAGAUACAAAGGAAGACACAAGCCACGAAAGUGGAAGAGUGUUGCGUGCACGCGGCGUCUCCUCGUACACCUUUUAUUCAGAUGACGAGACUGAGGAGAACGAGUUGGAAGAAUGGGCCGACUUUGAGGCCGUGUACGCGGCUCCCGCUGCACAGACCGAUUCAUCCGCUUCUCACGUUACUCCGAAAAUCGGAAACACUGAUGGUAGAACGAACGAGGAGGACUCAGACCAAGAUUGGAUUCUACCGAGCUCUCGCAAAAGGAAAAAUAAACGUCCAUCUGCGAGUAAAAGAUUAAAAUCGUUCCAACACAAAUUACAAAGCAUCAAAGUUGAUGCACUCCAAAAUGCAGCCGAAUCAACGACAACUGCUUUAAAUGGAAAAAACCAAAAACCGAAGCCAAGAAUCAAAGAAAUCCAAAUAAGUAAAACAAACGAGCCAGUCAGUUCAGAAAACGGUGAUGCUGCGGUAGAAAAUGCCCCAGAGAAUCGUGAUAGCGUGGUAAAAAAUGACAAACAAAUAGUGCCUUCCAUGGAAAUCAACUGCAAAAUUGAAAACGUUGAAAGUGUACACUCAGAGUUGGACAUUAAGGAUGAAGGUCCUAUUUAUGAUUCUACGAGUCAGUACGAAAAUAGCUACGCCACGAAUUUCAAUCCCAAUUAUGUAAACUAUUAUGUGAUGCAACCGAAUCCUGUGAACGUUGCUCCGCAGAAUGCAUACGGGCAACCGGGUCCGGUAGUUUCGAAUAUUAUAUCACCGGUUCAGCAAAGUUACUAUGUCCCAGGAGGACAAAAUUAUAUCAUUCAUAAUCCACAACCAAAUUUCAUACCUUCUCCACCAUUUCAGCCACAAGGGCCGCAAAUGAUGGCGCCUCAACAAUUUAUCAGCCAGCCUAGUUACGUACCUUACAUGAUAACACCUCAGUCUCACCCUGAGUGUGUGCCUACAGAAUCCCAAACCGUUGCUGCUCAACAGACGCCUCAGAAUCUUUCAAUGUACGUUCAAUCUCCAAUCCCAGCAGCUAAACCACCUCAAAACAGGUACCCCACGCCACGACAGCAAAUUCCUCAUCCCCAUGGCGCGGUUAUAAGAAGUAGUAUGCCAAUUAGAGGAAACUUCCCUCGAACUAAUAAUGGGAGGCCAACGAAGAACGUCCAACAAGCACGUAGUGGUAGACUCCAGAGGCCAAGAAGACAGGCUGUGCCUUCGGAAAACACCGGCCAAAAGACUACUUCUUUGAUCGUUCUCAGUGACAGCGACGAUGAGAUCGAGAUGAUUAUUACUGAAAAGACUGGUGCUACCGCUGAAUCGGAGAGAACAAAAACUGCACCUCGUAAAAAUUAUGUACAAUCCAAACAAAAUAUAAUAGCUAAGACAGAGGACACGGCGGUGACGACGACAACGGCGGCGACCACGACGACCACGACGACGACAAAAAGUACAAUUUCUCCUCAAAUUAUUCAACGUAUGAGCCAAGGAGGUAUUUCUAUAACACCAAUUAAGUCUGCACCACCUGUUCAGAAUUCGAAUACACAGUUAGUAGUGGUCGUGAACGAAACUGGAAGCCAUUAUGCCUUAGCAUUACCCAAUGGAAGCAAGUUGAUCCUUACUCCUGAGCAGGUGGCACAGAUACGAGCUUCAAAUGGUGGUAAACUAAUCUUAUAAAAAGUGGGAAACAAUGAACUUUGAUCUCUUCUUUGUCUACAGUGUAUCUUCGUAGACAACGUAUUCUGAUGUUCGUACAAUACAGCAGCAGAAGUACGAUUCUUUUCCUUGCAAAAAAUGUAUUAAUUUACAGAAAAAUUUUUAACGGAAGAUGUUACCGAAGGAUACAUUUUCUUUUUUUUAAGCAUUAUUUUACUUCAUCUAUCAAAGUAAAUCAUAUUUAAUUACAUUUUAAAUGUUUCUUUUUUCCCAUAUUGCAGUGUUAGAAAAUAAUUAGAGUGAUACUUGGGACCUGUGAUGUCUAUAUCCAUUUUUAUAUAUUUUGUUAUUGUAGAGCAAUAUUGGUGUCUUAAAUUGUAUGAAAAUAUCAAAUAUCUGAUAAUCAGAAGUUCUAGGAUUAAUUCUCAUUUACCAAAACAUAUUACCACAUAUUGCCAAAUUAUGUUAUCUGUAUUGUUUGCAGAAUUGAGUGGAACAUUUUUUCUUGUAUAGUAACCAGCUUUGAACAAAGUCAUAAAUGCAUAUUAUUAUUAAUUACAUACAAUUUUUAAGUUCAAUAGAAUAAGGUAUGUAAAUAAUCCUUACAAAUAAGAUAAUUUAUAAAAUGAUCAAUCAUGAUUCAUGAGCAGCAAGUUUUUGAAAAGCAAUGGAAAGAAGUAAAAAUAUGACCUAAAAUGAAUUUAUUUGUAUUAUAUUAAAAAUUGCAGUGAUUUUGUUACAACGACAAUUGUUCAGAAAAUAAAGUUUUGUAUCUUUGGUACAUGGUAGAAAAAUGAA